AUGCGUAAUUCUAUCGGAACUCUUUUUUUGAUUCCUUUGACACUAUUCUGUUGGCUUCGCGCAUAUUACGUAUAUAAAGAAGCAAAUUUUUCACUUUUUGUAACUGAAAAUGAAAAGCCAUCACAAAUUUCGUUUUUGACAAGUGCUGACCCUGUUUUACAAAAGGUUGAUAAUAAUACUUUGGGUGAUAGUACAGAUAAUAUAUUUUAUUUUAUGCAGAUUACCGACUUACACAUAUCGAAAUUUCAGAAAACUGGUGGUACAUCGCAUUUCUUACAUUUUCUCGCGACGGUUCUCCCCGUGAUUUCAUCACCUGCAUUCGUUCUAGUCACUGGUGACUUGACUGACGCCAAAGACGAAAAUUUGAUAACCUCCCAACAAUUCAUUGAUGAGUGGGUUACAUAUCAUACCGCAUUGCAGGAGUCAGGUGUUCUUCAUCGUCCAGGAUUUUGGCAUGAUCUACGUGGAAAUCAUGAUUGUUUCAACGUAGGGUCAUGGGAAAGUGAACAAAACUUGUAUAAAAAGUUUGGUGUAGGAAAACAACGAGGAUUUGAUUUUACAUUUGAAAAGAAUUUUGGCCGUUAUAGAUUUGUUGGAAUAGAUGCUUGUCCCAAGGCAGGUAUAGCUCGACCUUUUAACUUUUUUGGCUAUUAUGAGACAGAAGAUAUGAAUCGAUUGGCUGAAACGUUGUCUAACGCGUCAUUGUCUUCAAACCACACAUUCCUCGUAAGUGAAACUUUUGACGAUAUAUCAAAGCAUAUUAGUGUUUAUAUGUGCGGUCAUUUACAUAAACUAGCUUGGGGUUUGGGAGAUCAAUUACAAACAUAUCAACCAACCCAUUUUAUAGAGUUGGAAUUGGCAGAUAUGAAGGUUAACGCUAUUUAUCGUAUCCUUGCGAUUGAUCAUGACCUUGUAAGUUUUACAGAUGUAGCAUUGCCAUUACAUGAAAUUCCAUUGAAGGUACCACCAUCGCCUGCACCAGGAUUUUCGGUUUUGCCAGAAAAGUUAGCAUUUCCUCCGGUAAUAUUAGUAACAAAUCCGAAAGAUUCUAGAUAUUUAAUGAAAUAUCAUGAACCAGUACAUAUAAUUAAAGAAAGUACGCAUAUAAGAUUAUUGGUGUGGUCAGAUCAUGACAUCAAAGAGAUUGAGAUAUUUUUGGAUGGAAUAAGGCAUCAUGAACAGGUUUCUUACAAAGGCAAUUCGAAAGAUAAUAGAGUUGACCAUAUUCCACUAUGGGUAUCGCCUUGGAAUCCAAAACAAUUUGAUGAUGGGCAAGAACACUACAUUAUUGUGAAAGCACGUGAUAUAAUAGGACAAGAGGGAGAAAGCAAAGUGAUAUUCCGUGUUGAUGGAGAAAGAAGUGAUAUGAGAGGUGGUAUAAGUGAAUUUUUGAUCGGUCUCGAUUGGGCUCUUGUGGGAGACAUGAUACCAUCAGCUGCUGAGGAAGGAAAUGAUGGAAUUGGGAUAUUUUGGUUAUUUGGAAUUCAACUUGAUUCCAACUCACAAUGGCUUCCAAUAUUUGAUACAUGGCGAUAUGCGUUAGAAGACCAAUUGUUUUUGUCGGUUGGCAUUGUUAUAAUCUGGUUUAUGAUAAUUACAGGGGAAAGAAAGUGGAAGAGAAGAUAUCCGAUUUUGAUUUUGGGAUUUGCACUUUGGUUAUGGAGGGGGUCGUCUUUGAUAAAUUUGGCAAAACAAUAUGGAAAUUUGGCUAUUUGGACUAAUUUACAGACAUUAUGGUGGGCAUUUUGGGGUUGGUAUGGAUUUUUAAGAGGAACAUGA